CUGCGUCGGUCGAGAAAGGACUACGGAAUGGUUAACUUUAGCAGCUAGCUCCAGCGCUCUGUGUUCCUGUUGGUAUCCUUGUGAUACUCGAUUUAAAGGAAAAAUAACGGACUGGUUUCCUAUUCAGUAGCUGCAUAAGCGGAAUGGCUGCCGUUACUAUGGUGGAACUUUCGUCCGGUGGCGAUCCUGUAGCUGAAGGGCUGCUCGAGCUCAUCAAACCAGCGAUCCAGCAGCUGGAUGUACACGUGCAUUCAGUCAGAGAAAGCCAGGUGGAAUUGAGAGAGCACAUAGACAACUUGGCAACAGAGUUAUUCAGGAUAAAUGAACACCAGAAGGUUGCACUAGACCUGGAUCCUUAUGUGAAGAAGCUACUUAAUUCGAGGCGUAGAGUAGUGCUUGUGAACAAUAUUCUACAGAAUGCACAGGAACGUUUGCGGAGGCUAAACCACAAUGUAGCCAAGGAGACAGCGCGAAGGAAGACCAUGCUUGAAGCAUCAGGAGUGUUCACCCCCCGCUCACCUAGUAGACCAUGAGCCCUAUCCCCCACUUCUCCACAUGGCAUGGUGACCUGUCCCACUGGAUCAUAAAAGGCUUAUACAAGAAGUUCAUUUGCCCUGAGGGCCCAUCCCUCUGCCCCAAUGGAAUAUUUAGUUAUGUAUGUGCUUAAGAAUGUGGUCACUGUUCUUGUCUUAAAUAAAAAAUGCUUUAAAUGAA